UCAUUUCCGUUAGCUUGAUGUUUAUGUAGCUGAAUGUUUGCUAGCGGUAGUCAAUCUUUGUCUAAAGUCAAACAGGUUAUCCAACGCCAGUGUCAGAAACUCGUAUCGCGGCCAAAUUGAUGUCACAGGGAAGCUUUGACUGAGCCGUAGGCGUUAUUUUUUAAAAUAAUUUUAGUUAAGUUCAAGCUUAACAUCGAGACAUUGUUUCGUUAGAGGCAGUGAUGGCUAGCGGUGGACUGAGUUCAGGUUUGUUUUCGCUCAGACCGAAACCUCUCAACGCGAUAGUCGAACCUGGUUCACUGUGAGUGCUCCAUCUUUGAGGCUCACAAGUACCGACACCUAGCUGCCAAAAACAACUUGUUUUCCGCCGCAAGUCUUUCUCUGUGCCUAUGCCCACCAUGGAGACCGCCGAGGUGACUUUGGCUGUCAGAGGAGAAACAUCCCCAGGUGAAGUGAUUGCAGUUACUGGCAGCUGUGAAACCCUAGGAAGCUGGAGCCAUCAGAAAGCUGUGAUCUUACAUCCUGAUGGAAAUGAUGGAAAUACCUGGACUAGAACCAUCACUAUACCUAAGGGAAUUGUUUCCAGGUACCGCUAUUUCAAAGGCUUCUUUCUGGAGUCAAAGAAUGCAGAUGGUCCCUGUCAAGUGGUAGUCAAUAUGUGGGAGACCCAUCAUCAACCCCGCACGAUGAGCCCCACAGCAUCACAUCUGAAUAUUGACGAUGGAGAAUUUGGAGUUCACAAUGGGAUGAAUUGUGUUGACUCUGGGUGGCUGACGUGCCAGACGGAGAUUCGCCUGCGUCUGCACUAUUCUAAAAUGUCUCCGGUUUCCAUCACUAAGAAGAAAUUCAAGAAGUCUCGCUUCAGGAUCAAGCUAACAUUAGAGGGCAUUGAGGAGGAGGAAGACGACGAGGAUAAUGAGCUCAGUCCUUCAUCUUGGCACAAGAUGACCAGCACUCUGGAGACCAGUAUGAUCAGUGCCAAUGGCUAUAAGUCGCGCCACUCACAGCCUGAAUGUGGGUAUGCUCUGGAGCCCUCGCAGUGGACUGAGUACAGUAUCCACACUAUGGACCCAGACAACCUAGAGCUCACCUUCGAGUUCUUUGAGGAGGAUAUGAGUGAGCAUGUAGUCCACGGGGACACUCAUCCUGGUCACGUUGGCACGGCUUGCCUCCUCUCUUCCUCUUUUCUGGAGAACGGCAAGGACACCGGAGUAGCCACGCUUCCCAUAAUGGGUCGAAAUUCCCGACAGACCAUCGGGAAAGUCAGAGUGGACUACCUGGUGAUCCGGCCCAUCCAGGGGCUGCAGUGUGACAUGAGCUCCUCGUUCACCAAGUACUGGAAGAAAAGAAGCACCCUGGAUGUGGGCCAUAGAGGAGCUGGUAGCACACAUGCAGCCAAGCACCACAGAGUCAGGGAAAACACCAUAGCCUCUUUCAAAAGUGCUGCCAAGCAUGGUGCAGCCUACAUAGAGUUUGAUGUUCACCUCUCCAAAGAUGCUGUUCCCAUUGUUUACCAUGAUCUCACGUGCUGCAUAUCCACCAAGAAGAAAAAUGACAAUACUUCUCUGGAGCUUAUUGAGGUGCCAGUCAAAGACUUGACAUAUGACCAGCUGCAGCUUCUGAAGCUGGCCCACGCCACUGCGAUGAAAGGAAGCGAUCACAAAGAUCUGCUGGACGAUGAAGAAGAAAUUGAUGAGCAUCAGCCAUUCCCCUCACUGUCACAGAUCUUCCAGGCUAUUCCUGAGCAUGUGGGCUUCAACAUCGAGCUCAAAUGGAUUUGCCAGAUGAAGGACGGGUCAUGGGACGGCAACCUAUCAUCCUACUUCAACAUGAACACCUUCCUCGACAUCGUCCUGUCCUGUGUUCUGCAGAAAGGCGGCAAAAGACGCAUUGUCUUCUCCUGUUUUGACCCAGAUAUCUGCACCAUGGUGCGUCAGAAGCAGAACAAGUACCCCAUCCUCUUCCUGACUCAGGGAAUUUCUGACAGGUAUCCUGAACUUAUGGACAUCCGCUGCCAGACAACUCAGAUCGCCAUGAGUUUUGCCCAGAGCGAGAACAUUCUGGGAAUCAGCGCCCACACUGAGGAGCUGCUAAAGCACCUUAGCUACAUCGGAGAGGCCCAGGCUAAAGGUCUGGUGGUGUUCAGCUGGGGAGAUGACAACAACGACCAUCAGACCAGGAGGAAGCUGAGAGAACAGGGAAUCGAUGGGCUCAUCUACGAUAGAAUCUGUGAGGACCAAGGAGAGCAGCCAAACAUCUUCCAGGUAGAGGAACAACACUCCCUGCGGGAGGUUAUUACAGAGGAGACCUUAAAGAGCUCCACCUGUUCCUGCUACUCCAUUCCCUGCUCCAUGGCUCCCUGCAUCGACUCCAAGGCCCGCGCUGGCAGCGCCGAGUCCGAUUCUGGCCUGAGCUCCUCUUAAAAUCUUCCCUCAACUUCAACCUUCCAAUGGACCUCACUGCACAGACAUACUCAAGAGGGCCAAGGUCGGGGUGGGAUGAUGAAACAAAAAACAUGUACUCGCUAAAAAAUGGCAGAUCAGAUUCAUGUAUAUAAUGAUCCAAAAAGUGAUUGAAGAUUGUGACAAGAUUUGACAUUCUCUCCAUCCUUCAUGCAUGGUCACAGUAGUAAAACCAUCUGCACUCCACUGUACUCAUUGACAGAUGUUGUCUUGUAUCUUUAAAAGUUUUAUUUAUGCUGACAAGGGUGCUUUGCCAAAACAUUAAGGCAGCCAUACAAAUGUUUUGUUUUUGUGUGAUUGACAAAGACAUGUCUUGGAAAUCCAAAACAUCUAUUCAGAGAGCUUCAUAAUAGUGCAAGGAUGUCAAAUUGAGAAAUCUUAACUUCACAGUAGAUAUUUAUUUGGCCAAUAUGUCGUAUUUCUUCAUAGUGUAAGUGCUAAAAAUGUAAUGCAUGUGAUAUUUUACGGGUGUAAAUGUGUAAAAUAAAUUGUAAACUAAAUCAUCAGGUUUAUGAUAAAUCCAGGAUGAUCAACUGCUGUUUUUUUUUUUUUUUCUGUUUCUGCUAUCAUGUCUAUUCGUGCAUGUUGCCAUUAACUUCAAUGUUCUUUUCAUUGUCUCAAAUAGCUAUGAGUAAUAACUACUGAUAACUAUUUCAGAAAUGUAAAGCACAGAAACAACUGGAGGGUCUGUAGCACAUCCAUUUUUGGGUUACAUUUACAUAUCUACAAGAAAUAUGCAUUCAUUAGAUGAAUGCCUACCUCUUGGCGGAUAGACUACAGCACCUAGAAGAUGCCCAUACGAUUGAUGAGUUUCCUGUUGAAUGGACUGUUGAAAGCACUUGCUCCUGCGUUCUGUACCUUUUAUUCCUACUUUAUUCACCAUUGAUGAUUAAUAGCUGUUAUUGUUUAAGCAUAUACUGUAUGUAUUCUUUUUAUCUACCUGAUUUAAGGAGAAGCAGAAGAAUGUUUUAUUUGUGACAGUGCACAUGCUUACCGCAGCCUUAAGGACAGGGAAAUCAUGUCUUUUUUCCUUUUUCUGCCUUUUCUUUCAAUAUCACCAGUACCUCACUCAUCAUCUAUAAGAAUAGACUUGAUUUCUGUACAGAAUCAACAAAUACUUUCCUAUUUAACUUCACAACAUCCAUACUUCUCUAUCUGCUGUAUGGCAGAUUAUCUUAAGAUACACUUGAAACGAUCCAGCAUUUUAGUAUUAAAAUAGUGUAUUAGUAAAAAUUGAUUGAUAAUGCUGCAUUUUGAACACAACAAAGUAAACUCAUGUACAGUAUGUACUGUCUGUAUAAUAGGUUUCAUUGCACAAUCUAUAACUACAAAUCCUGAUGAUUGAGUCAUGCAUGGUCUGUAUAUCUGUGUGUGUGAAUAACAAGGGAGAAUGGAUGACUCCGGUGUUUAAUAUCAACCACCACUUCAGGACCGUGUAAAUGGAAAUGUAAAUAAAAUCAAAACAUGUAUUUGCUUA